AUGGAGAGUGUAGAACUGUUCUGUCCCCAGUGCAAGAGUAAUUCUUACAUAAACCCGGGAAUGAAAAUAUUUGUUAGUCCGUGCUACCACAGCUUAUGCGAACUGUGCGUAUCCAGAUUAUUUGCUAAUGGACCUAAUCAAUGCCCAGAGUGUAAUAUCACAUUAAGAAGAUCUAACUACAUGAGCCAAACAUUUGAAGAUGUAAGCAUAGAAAGGGAAUGCAGAAUAAGAAAAAUCAUUGCAUCGCAGAUAGGAAAGUCUUUAGAAGAUUAUUCAGAUGAGGAGGAUUAUAACGAUUAUUUAGAGCAGGUUGAACAAAUGGUUCUAGAACUUUCCACAUUAAAGGCACCAAAAGAAGUGCUCAGCCGAGUACAGGAAAUAAAAGAAGAAUUAGAAAAGGAAAAGUCUUCAGAUACAGAAUCUGCCAAAAGGAGAAAGAUUGAUUUAUCUGUAAGUCAAGAAAUAAUAAGUACAUGUAAAGUAUCAAUUAAGUACUUAUUUCCACCCGAAGCAAUUGACCACCUUACAAUCCCUAAGAGAGUGAUUGCUUCAUCGGUUCUCUCAAAUUUUAAUAAUUUCAAGUCUCUAACUGAAAUAUUAAUACAGAAAGCAUCUGCUUCACUAACCACACCUACACUAUAAAAAUAAUUAGUACUUUAGAGUGUAUGUGUAAUAAAUAAUAUUAAUUU